AUGAAAGUUCUGAAAGACUUUGUUAGAAAUCCUGCAAGACCGGAAGGUUGUAUCGCAGAGUCUUACCUUGCAGAAGAAUGUGUGCAGUUUUGUAGUGAUUUUCUGAAAAAGUCAACUAGUGUAUAAGAAAAACUGGAUAGAAAUACAGAGUAUGAGAAUAUCUCUAUUCUAGAAGGUCGGCCUAUAUCCGCAGGCACUUCAUUUACUCUCACUGAAAUGGAGAAAAAUAUAGCACAUCUUGCUGUCAUUCAGAAUAUUGCUGCCUUGGAUCCUUAUGUGGACAUGCACCUGCAAUAUCUACAAGACUCAUAUCCAAGAUGUAGACGUGAAGCAUCACUGUUGUGGACUAUGCAUGCUCAGAAAUUUGCUACUUGGUUAAAAGAGCAGGCAAGUAAUAAUAUAUCUGAAUGGUAUGCAUUCAUGAUUCUGGUUUUCAUAUCCUUUUGUUUCUGACUGUUCUUUGUUUUUUUUACAUUUGGUAGAUACCAAUAGUUUCAAAUGGACAUGAAGAUACUCUUAAGUGGUUGGCUUAUGGUCCUCGGUGUAGUGCUAGGUCUUAUACAGGGUAUAUAGUUAAUGGUCAACAGUUUCACACAAGCUCACUUCAAAGAAAAAGUCAGAAUAGUGGGGUUUAUUAUGAGGCUACUGCUAUGUGUAGAUCUAGUGCUAAAGAUACUUCACAAGUGUUUGAUUUGGUAUCAUACUAUGGGAGAGUCACUGAUAUCAUACUACUUGAUUACAAUGUGUUUUAUGUACCUCUAUUCCGAUGUCAAUGGGCAGUAAGAGGUAAUGGAGUUAAGGUCGAAGAUGGUUUCACGCUUGUUAACUUGAAUCAAAGUCAAGUCAGCUUCUUGAGGGAUCCAUACAUAUUAGCCUCUCAGGUGAACUGAUAUGGGGCGUCCAAAUAAGAAGGGUGGACAAAAAAAGAAAAGUAAGGCUGCAAAAGACACUGAUGAACCAGAAUUUAUAUGUACUGUGGAACCACAGACUGAGGCAGCUGAAGUACAAGGAGAACAAGAGACUGAAGCUGCUGAAGUACAAGAAGAAGAGCAUAGAUCAGAUGUAGACGUGACUGAAGCAGCUGAAGUGACUGCUAACAAUGAGGAAGAAGCUGAAGGUGAGCUUGAGUUGACAGAUGAGAAUGAGCGUCCAGCUAAGCGCAAGAGACAUAGAGGACCAACAAAGAUGAAAAACAUCGCAAAGGAUCCAAAUGUUCGAGAAAGAGUUGACUACACUCUCAUGGGAGAUCCUUAUGGUCCGGGAUCAGUGAAGUUGUCAUCUUAUGUAGGUCCAUUGGUACGGGAACAUGUACCAAUCACAAUUGAUACUUGGAAGAAUGUUAGCGAAGAAAUCAAAACUGUUCUCUGGAAAUCUAUUCAGGCAAGAUUUGAGCUGGAUGAAGAGUUUCAAAAGGUUGCUGUGCUAAAGCAAAUGGGAAAUUUGUGGAGAUCAUACAAAUCCCGCAUAGUGAGGGACAUUAAUGGGGCUACUAAUAACCAACAGAGGAUGAAUCUGAGACCAAAUAAUAUUAAUCCAGCUGAUUGGCAGAAAUUUGUGAAAAUCAAAACAAGUGCAAGCUUUAAGGUUGUGAGUGAUAAAUAUAAAGAAAGGAGAAGGAAACAGAUUCCUCACACUACUAGUCGUAAAGGAAUGGUCAGACUAGCAGAGGAUAUGAAAAUUGAAAGUGGAGAUCCAUCAGAAGUGACUAGGCUGAAGGUGUGGGUCAAGUCGCGUACCAAAAAAGAUGGUACGCCAGUGAAUACGAAUGCAGCUGAGAAGAUUAAAAAGGCAGCUGAGCUGGUUGGUAGUGAUGCUCCAACAUUGACAACAAAUCCAGAUGCAUUCCUUUGGAGACCAGCAAGUAACAUGUUCACGGUUGAGGAAGCUGUUGGACAAAUAAUUGCUUGGCCAGCCUCUAAGUGUGUUCUAGUUGACAAGGACAUCCAAAUAGAAGAUAUUGCGCCUCUGGGUCUUAGAACAAAUUCUCUGAACAAAUGCAAACUACUAGAUUUGUCUAGCGAUGAAGUGAUUGUUGCUGAAGGUCGUUGGCAGACACAAGAACCAAGCGCAUUGGUUAAUGGACUCCCUCUCGGACCAAAGGCAAUUAAAGUAUUUGUGGAUCAAGUCCAUCAGCCUGAAACUUUUAUAUGGAGGCCUACCAUGGAAAUGACAUACCUUGAGGACUGUGUUAUGGCUUUUGUAUCUUGGCCUGUCAGUAAAGUUGUUUUUGAAAAUUCAACAACAGGUCACAAAUCUCCUCUUCAGAAUUCUGCAGCAACUGUAUCAGGUUCUAAAUCUGUAGCAGGUGCAAAAUCUGCAACAUCAGGCCCUAAAUCUACAACAGGUACAGGUUCUGAAUCUCCUAUUGAGGAUGCAACAGGUACAAGCUCUCCAAUGAAGAAAACUCUUCCAGAUUCACAGUCUCCUCUUCGAAAAUCUCAGCGUAUUAGUAAUCAAGUUGUUUCAAAGGAGAAUAAGAAGUGCAAGCUGAUGGAUAUUACCGGAAGGAAGCGGGUAGUUGCUGAAGGACGAUGGGUUUCAAAUGACCCAGAUAUGAAGGUCCAUUUUGUUCCCUUGGGUUCUAAUGGAGUUAAGGUGUGGGUAGAUAUCGUGAAGGUAAGUGAUGCAGCAGUUUGGAGGCCAUCUGAUGAAAUUGUGAGUUUGGAAGAUGCAUUUGGCACAACUCUUGCAUGGCCAGAUGACAAGGUGAUCAUGUGUUAAACUUCUGCUUGGACAUGAGACUUGGUUUAAUUUAGUAUUCUGUGUUUAGUAUUCAAUGCUGCUUUUGGUACAACUUCUCCUUGGACAUGAGACUUUUUUUUGUAUUCUGUGUUUGGGCUUCUGUAAUAUAUGGAUGUUGGAUUGUUAUCAAUGGGGAUUGUCAGUACUUUUAUAAAA